GCUGAUAGGCAGUAGUCGAACAGAGGCCGACCAAAACACUCGCCUUGCAACAACCAAACCGCCAAUCAAGAGUCGUACGCGGAACAACUCGCUGGCGGUUAUCAAACGCUCUUACGCUUUUAUAAUAAGAAAAAAAAACUAAGUAUAUUAUGUUAGAGACAAAUGAACUUUGCUAUAGAAAUACAUAAUCAAGAUGACGUUGCGGGUCGAGGUGCCCGGAGAGAAAAUCAUAUCAAAUGUACAUAUAGAAUCAUGCAAGUGCAAGCCGUUUGAGAACGAGCCAAUAAAAUCCGAACAAAAAAUUAACGGCAGGGUUAAGGAGUUUAUUAAAAAAACAUGGGCGUUAAGAUCCAAAGUGACAGUGGAACCGUACGUAAUAUGCUAUGUGCUCCCAAGUGUUUUAGCAGGAUUAGCUGUUCAGAAUUUGUGUUUAGAAAAAUCAUGUCUAGUGAAUUUAAAAUAUGACGAAGACACGUGUGACCAUAUUAUGCAAGGUCGCACUUCCAAUUACACAAAGCAAGAGGAGAACGUCCAGAAGAUGGUAGCCAGUAUGACUGCUUGGAGCUUUCCUCUGCAGACUGCCUUACCUGGAAUAUUAACGCUAUUCGUUGGUGCUUGGAGCGAUAGAACGGGGAACAGAAAAAGUUUUAUGGUGCUACCGAUCCUAGGAAAAUUAAUUUCAUGUUUUGGUAUUAUUCUUAGCACAGUAUUCUUCCUUUACGUCGGUGUAAAUGAAACGGCACUUAUAGAGGGUGUCCCUCCAGCAUUAGCUGGUGGAAGAGUUGCUAUGACCAUGGCAGUAUAUAGUUACAUUACGGAUAUAACAAGCGAAUCGGAACGGACUUUUCGUUUAGGGAUUAUAACCGCUAUUUUGACUCUAAGCAGGCCGAUCGGGCUUGCACUCAGUGGAAUAAUGACAAGGCGUUUCGGUUACUAUGGUGUUUUUACUGUAGCUUGUGUUUUCUACAUGACUGGUUUUAUAUACAUCCUGUUUAGAUUAAAAAUAAAAAAGAAGAAAACGAUAGUAAAGGAGGAAUCCCAGACGGUGUUGUCUAUGUUCUCAGUCAAGGAUCUCGCGGCUACUGUGAAUGUGGCGUUCAAAUCCCGACAGGGAUCCAGACGCUUGCAAAUAAUUUUAGUAAUGUUUGCAUAUAUGCUCAUCGUUGGACCAGUAUUAGGCGAGGCGCAAAUGACGUACUGGUUUACGCGCUACAAGUUUAAAUUCACUGAAGUGGACUACAGCCUGUUCCUCACUUAUUCAGUUCUCGUUGGCACAAUCGGUUCUUUCAUAACAAUAUAUCUACUAAGCAAAAGAUGGAAGAUAGAGGACAGCAUUAUCGGAAUGGUGGCGUGUGUGAGCAGGAUAGCUGCUAGUCUAGUGUAUGCUAUGGCUCCAACAAGAACUAUAUACUUCAUCGGUCCAGUGUUGGAUAUGUUCAGUUCAGCUGGAGCGACCUCCCUGCGGUCCAUUGCAACGAAACUUGUGAAGACGGAUGAAGUCGGUAAAACUAGCUCUCUUAUCAGUAUAUCUGAGGCCUUGGUACCCGUGAUCUACUCCCCUGUGUACAGCAAACUUUAUUUGAGUACAUUAUCAACGUUUCCCGGAGCGUUUUAUCUCAUAAGCGCAGCUUUAGCCUUUCCAGCCAUACUUAUAUAUUUAACCCUAUUCAUUUUACGACGAAAGGACCUCAAAGAAGACGCUAUGAAUGAAAAACAAGAAGACGAGAAACAAGAAAGCAAAUCCAAGGACAACGAAAUUACUAGAUUUUAAUAAAUUCAGUUGUGUAUUUAUUAUUAAGUUAUAAUUUUAUGCCUAUCAUGUACCUAUUCUAAAAUCUCAAUAAAUAUAAGAUUUGUAUUGAA